AUGAUAUACAAAUUGCGAGAUGAGCAAGCUGACAACAUCCCAAGGGGCUGUGUAACUCCUCUCGUGGUAGCUACUAUCACGCAGGAGUGGGUCGAGGCCUCGAAUGGCCCCGUCAACCCCGACCUCCUGGAGGGCUGGGAUGAAUUGACCGAGGACGAGCAAGCCAAGGUCAUUCGUGCCAUCAUGAAUGGCCGAGUCGACGACACCGACUGGCGUGGCGACCCCGAGAUGAACGUGAUCGGGGCCGUGGGCUUCCGUAGCAAGAAGUCAAAGACUGAGGCUCCCCCCAAGAAAGCAACGGGGAAGAAGCGAGCGCGGGGUGCUUCUCCGACUGAGGAAGAUGGUGAGCCCUCGUCGAAGUCCGCUCGUAGGGGUCGCGGUCGGGGUCGUGGCGGCGGCCGUGGCAGUCGUGGGGUUUGUGGUGACCCCAAGGAGGCUGCAUAA